GUCUCUGUCGCUUCCUCUGCAGCCAGUACGAGGGGGGCAGCAAAAAAAACAGCGACCGGCUGCAGGAGCGGCGCGCGCCUCUGAGCCACCAGACUCCACUUUCGACCUCCCUGACAUCUUUUUGCCCCCGAUCCGCUACAUCAGUCCUCCUGAAUGACGGGUGGCCGAUUCGACUUCGACGAUGGAGGCACGUACUGUGGUGGAUGGGAUGACGGCAAAGCCCACGGACACGGCAUCUGCACGGGACCCAAGGGUCAGGGGGAGUACUCCGGCUCCUGGUCCCACGGCUUCGAGGUAGUGGGGGUCUACACCUGGCCCAGCGGGAACACCUACCAGGGCUACUGGUCGCAGGGCAAGCGCCAUGGGCUCGGUGUGGAGACCAAGGGGAAGUGGACCUACCGUGGAGAGUGGACGCACGGCUUUAAGGGUCGCUACGGGGUCCGUCUGAGCCACGCGACGCCUGCCAGAUACGACGGGACGUGGAGUAACGGGCUGCAGGAUGGAUACGGCGUGGAAACCUAUGCGGACGGGGGCACCUACCAGGGCCAGUGGAUGGGCGGCAUGCGGCACGGCUACGGCGUGCGGCAAAGCGUGCCGUACGGCAUGGCCACCGUCAUCCGCUCGCCCCUCCGCACCUCGCUGGCCUCCCUGCGCAGUGAACAGAGUAACGGCACCGUCCUGCACGACACCGCCCCGGCUGACACCCCCGCCGGCAGCCGGGGGGGCUUCGUCCUGAACUUCCACAGCGACAGCGAGGUGGUGACGGGUAAGAGGAGGGGUCUCUUCCGGCGCGGCUCGCUCUUCGGCAGCCUGCGGCAGCUGCGCAAGUCCGACUCCAGAACGUCGAUAUCGAGCAAGCGCAGCUCGGCGCGCAGCGACGCCACCAUGAGCCGCAUCAGCUCCAGCGACGCUAACUCCACCAUCAGCCUGGGUGACGGCGACCUGCCCGACGAUUACUACCCCCAGGAGGAUCACGUGGACGCCACCACCACCGAGUCCUACAUGGGUGAGUGGAAGAACGACAAGCGCAACGGCUUCGGCGUCAGCGAGCGCUCCAACGGCAUGAGGUACGAGGGCGAGUGGAUCAACAACCGGCGCCAUGGCUACGGCUGCACCACCUUUCCGGACGGCACCAAGGAGGAGGGGAAGUACAAAAACAAUGUGUUAGUGCGCGGCGUGAGGAAGCAGCUCAUCCCGCUGAAGAAUCCCAAAACCAAAGGCAAGGUGGACCGGGCCGUGGAAGGGGCACAGAGGGCAGCAGCCAUUGCCAGAACCAAGGUGGAGAUCGCCUCCUCAAGGACCUCCCAUGCCAGGGCUAAGGCGGAAGCUGCCGAUCAGGCUGCCCUGUCUGCCCGCCAGGACUCUGACAUCGCCAGGGCCGUGGCCAGGGAGCUGUCGCCAGGCUUCCGCCAACCAGGCCCCGAUUACAUCAAACAGCGGUUUGCCGACCCCAUGGAGAUCAAGGAGGUCACUGAGGAGAAGAAGGAGAAGUGUCCCUCGGGGAGCCCCCAUUUCUACCGGAAGGGCACGACCCCGACUCACUCCCCUGCCCACAGCCCUGAGGCCUCCCCAGCCCCCUCGCCUCACACCACCAAGAAGAAGCCGCCCCAAGUCAACAGCAGCUUGGGCAGACAACCGAGCAGAGACGAGACGUACUCCUUCGGCCCAAAUCCCCCCGCCGGCCCCCCCAGGGCCGCCUCCCGGACGUCGUUCAGGCAGGAGGCCAUUCCCCAAAAACCCCCCAAGAAGGACGAGCCAACAGCCAACUCAGUGAGUCCCGGCAACGGGCAGGUGCCCUCGCAGUACCAUAGCUACCACGUGAUGGCCGAGGUGACGCUGCCCCUGGAAGAGCCACGGGAAGAUCUGCAGGUGUCUCAGGCCCCGAAGCAGUUCGGGCUGCCGGCCUCUAAACCCAUCCUGGCAUUGCCGGCUUCCAAAGAAAGCGUGCCUGAGGCGAAACUCAGGAAACAGGAAUCUCUCAAGCCAAAGAGUCUUGUAGAAAUGAAGAAAGGCAGUAUGGAGAUCAGCAGUGACGUGGAGGAGGAGGAGGAGAUGGGACCAAACUCAAUUUUGGUUGCCCUUGUAAUGCUGUUGAAUAUUGGCCUAGCAAUUAUUUUUGUCCACUUCCUGACAUGACAAAGUUGCAUCCUGGUGGAGUCAUGACAGCUAGCAGCAAGCGGCCUGAAGCUCUGCACCUAAAGAAACAAAAUGGCGGCAGUCAGCCUCAGACACGGUCAAAGAAAGACUGGAAUUGGCGAGGAACACAGGAGUAAGAUGAGAUGUGGAGCAUUCAGGCGGCGGCUGGCCAGCUCCUUGCCCGUGAUCUGUGGCUAGUUUGGGUCCUGUGAAAAGUGUAGCAAGUGGCCGUGUUGAUUAAAAAAAAAAAUAAAAAAAUUACCUGAUUUAAAAUCAACAACAACAAAAAUAACCCACAGAAAUCUGCUGAUUGAAGCCGUGAACAGUGUGAAGUGCACAGGGCCCGUUCCAGCAACAGAGAGAGAGAGAGAGAGAGAGACUUACCUGGAAAUAUCCAGCAAUGCACUUUUAGCUGACGGAGGCUGACAGCUGCCUUACUAUUUUGCCAUGUGACAUUCUAGCGGGGAGACGUGGGGCUGCACCUGCCAGAGGAAUUUGUUGAGAUGACCGUGCAUUGGGCAGGUGGGGGGGAGCUCCCACCUCUCCCGCUGAGGAAAACCACGUCACCCCCCACAGCCCUCGGUUCCGCCUUAUUCCAUCUCCAGCUCGCCCUAACGUGCCCCAGAUUCGCCACACCCUUUGCAUGGUACACUACUUUACUAUUUUUAUUCUUUGUUUGCUGUUUUUUUUCCCCUACGUUUGGAUUAUCAACUGUACACACAUCUAAACAUUUUCUCGGAGCAUUACAAGUUCACGUUGAAGUUUUGAAUCCUCAGCCUUUUUGGUAUCAUAACACCAUAACAACCAAUCAUAUUCUGAUUGUAAUAAAAGUGCAAUAUGUUUUAUUUUUUUAAAAAAAGAGGGAUAUAUUUUGACACUAAAGGGUUUCUAGUUGUUAUUAUAACUGUCAUAGGAAUUACAUUUAAUUUCCUUUAUUUAGAAAUAUCAUAUUACGCAGAGUGUGUGGAGCCUCGCUUAAGGAGCUUACAGGGAGCUUCAGCAGACAAUUCAGGAUGCAGCCGGCACACGACGAGACUGAAUGCUGACAAAGUCUUAUCCUAUUUAUUAAUUUUGAGAAUACUAAUGCUAAUAAACUAUGCUGUGAUGUCGUAACAUAAGCAUCGCAUAUCGUGCAUGAGAAUUCUUAUGUUUUUGGGUUUUUUUUUUUUGAGAGAGAGAGAGAGUUGUUUGCCCCUUUUGACGAGGCGGGGGGCCGCCGGAGCCAGGUAGCUUGCUGGCUCAGGAGUGGCGCUCACGCGCAUGUCCGCGAGGCGGGAAACACAGCGCGUUCUGCUGCAUCCCUCUGCCCAAGACAUUCAGGUAGCGGCACUGGAGAUGAGCAACUGAUGCCUUUAGAGUCCUUAACCGUCCUGCUGUUUACCUCGAAAAAAGAAAAAAAACAAUGGAGAAGAAUGCUUAAGAUGAAGGGAUGUGUCUUAAAGUUUAAAGUUUGCAAGCAGACUGGCUGUUCAUAAUCAUUAGUAACGUCCCUCUUCGCUGUAAGCGCCGUGGCAGCGUGUGUCUCUGUGUUACUGAAGCAUUUCGUCUCGUGAUUACUUUACGAGGAGGAUGCAUGUGCGCACGCAUGUCCGGUGAUAUGAUGAGGGUCUAGCAGGGGAAAAGCAAGUAGCUUCGAUGUGGUUUAAUUUAACUAAUAAUGUGCAUGCUUGAAUGGCGUGUGGUUGCUGUAAAGUGCUAUGUGUCGGUGCUGGGGAAGGUGUGCAGGUGUCUGUGGUCAGGGUGUCCUGCAUGUAUGUUUUAACUGCUAACUGGUGACAGACCCUGUGACUGCAGGGGCAAUGCAGAGUCUGACCCCGUAUUUCACUUCAUGACAUACAUAUCACUCCCCUCCAGUCUGAACACAAAAAUGCAUAGUAAGGUUAGGGGGUUUUAACACAGCAUAGGGAUGUUUUUGGAAAAAGCAACAAAGCAAAGCAUGCUGGGAUUGUUUAUAUAUAGAUUAUAUACAAUUUGUAAGCAUUUUUACAGAGCACAAUCGAGAAUCUGGUACUAGCUGGUCUUUUUUAAGAUGUGCACAGCUGCAUUUGACUAUAAUGCUAACUUGUUCUUAAUGGAUAAAUGUGACAUUCACACCACGUGGUUUUGAUGUGUCCGGUUUCUGAUGCCAUCAAUGGAACAUCACCACCUUCUGGACGCCGGAGGCGGUCCGCGGCCUCAUUUCAGGGGUUUGCCGCUGAGCCCGACGCACGGACGGCACCUCAGAGACACUGUCGAGCCAAGCUGCAAACCGCAAGCCUCGAACCCCGCAAAGCCCAGAGAACUUCUGUCGUGUUCUUGGAGACGGACUUCCGUGCAAAAUAAAAACUUGUCGCAACUUGA